CAUCGUGCAUAUUGUGAGAAAGCAGAGGCAGAAGCUGGAGCUGAAUGUGGCGACGAUAGCGUAGACAACGCUGCCGCCCUGCGAACAAUGGAAACAAUGUUAACAAGAAACCAUUCUGACAGCAUGAAGCCGUCCACGUAUCAAUCAUCAGAUGUUUGUGUCUUGAGACUUCAUGCCUUUCUGUUGCCAUGGAUCGUUGCGCUGUGGCUGGCCUCCGCUUACAUGUCGCCACCGCAUCUUCCCCGUGAUUCCGAUGGCAAAUCCGGGGAAAUUCGCAGGUUUGUGUUCCGUCCCACGCCACCGAAAACUUCAAUACUGGUCCCAAUCCAACCAAACCGAACGGGUUCUAGUUCAGUACAAAUCCAUUGGCAGAUGCGUUGAAAUGCGAAGACCAGAAAAGCGAGACAAAGAUUGUCGACCAUGAUGGCGAGAAUCACCCCGUUGACACUCUCGAAAUAGUCUCAGGCUGUGUCUUCCAAGCGCACACGAGACAGACGAUCAGCGAGAGCGAACGGCUGCGAGCUGCAAUCUCGUCUUUGUGAGCCUAUACUCCGCGGAAGCCUGCAUUGGUGCAUCGUUGACCUUGAUCUUUUUCAUCGUUUGCAGCCAGAACGG